AUGAUAGUGCUGAUCCUGUCACAACUCUCGCAACAUCGCAGCAUCUCAUGGUACAUCAGACUCAUGAUUGAGGGGAUCGUUGAGUAUACGGCCAUCGGUAUUACCCGUAGACUAGCUUUCCAUCCUUUGUCAAGCUACCCUGGGCCUCUCGUCGCAGCGUGCCAGUACCUUCGGUUUGCACCAAAUCGUAUAUCCAUCAACUCGGCAGAGGCCUCUCGCGACUUACACAGCGUCAACGCCAACACAGUCAAGUCAGAUGUGUACGGCGCAUUCAAACGCUUUUUCGGGUCCGAAAUGUCCCUCACCACGGUUGACCACAAGAUCCAUGCCUUCAGACCACAAGAUCCAUGCCUUCAGACAACGAGUCAAUGGCGCCGCAUUGACCCCAGCAGCGGUGAAAGGGAUGGAAGGCCAGUCACACUCUUCCAGUCAUCCUUUGCUAGAGUUAGUCUCAAUCUGAUCACCUUGACCAAGGCUGUCGAGCCAAGAAAGACCAAGUCGAACAAGAUGUCGCGCCAGAAUGUCACCUUCUAUCUUGCUGAGAGGCCGGCCCAUGACAUAGUUCCUCACAAGACGUUUGAGGCCAGGUCAGAGCUCGCACCCACUCCGGAUGAUCUCAAGGACCGACAGGCUCUCGUCGAAACCUUAUACCUUUCUCUCGAUCCUUCAAUGCGAGCUAGGCUCAAUGGUGUUGACGAUAUCUUCUCAGUCCUUGAUACCAAGUCGUAUAUGGCGCCCAUGACUAUCGGUCAGAAGAUGGUAGGAGGCGCAAUCAGCCGUGUGCUGGCCAGCAAGAGUACCAAGGUCCAGCCUGGAGACUUGGUUCAUACCUUCUCGGGAUGGACGGAGGUGUCGAUUGUUCCGGACGACGCCAUCGAUGUGAUGGAGAUGCCUGAGAAUGUCAAGCUGACAUAUAUGCUCAUGGCCGCUCGUGAUGGACCUGGACCUAGUGCUUACACCGGAUUGACAACCAUAGCGAAGGUGAAGUCGGGCGACACGGUGCUUGUCUCGGCUGCCUCGGGUGCCACGGGAUCCAUCGUAGGCCAAAUUGCCAAGAUAUACGGUGCUCGCGUGGUUGGAAUCACAGGUUCCGACGAGAAAUGCGCCUGGCUCUGCAGCGAGCUCGGUUUCGAUGCUGCAGUGAACUGGAGAUCUUCCUCCUUUGCAGAAGACCUCAAGGCUGCAACCCCGGACGGCUUCGACAUCUAUUGGGACAACAUGGGCGGGCGGGUUCUGGAUGUAGCGCUUGAUGCAGCCAAAAGCCAAUGUCGGUUUCUCGUUUGCGGGGAAGUCAGCCAGUACAAUCUCCCUUUCAACGAGCAUUGGGAGGUCAAGAACGUGCAUCAGAUUGCGAAGAAACAACUACACCUGGAGGGCUUUGCCAUACAGGAUCAUGUACAAGACCUCCCCCAUAUAAGGCGUCAGUUGUUCAAGUGGGUGCAGGAAGGGAAACUCAAGAUUGAGGAAACCAUCGUGGAGGGGGGAAUCAAUCUAGUGGAGUCCACCUUCACGAAGCUGUUCGAGGGUGACAAACGUGGAAAGCUCAUCCUUCAAGUCAAGGCCACUUGA